GUACUAUCACGUCAACAUGUUACGCUUAAUAUUUCUAGGAGCCGCGAUAUUUUUGGUCAGCUGGUUGGUAAAAUGGCUUUACCCUCUGGUGGCUUACUGGCGACGCGGCAACAAGUUUCCAGGACCCAAGUGCCAGUCAUUUUGGGGGAAUAUAAAGGAGAUUCAGGACGCCGGUGGCAUGAGUGGGAUGAAAAAUGUGCUCGCCGCCAUGCACGCCAAGUACGGCCCGGUGGUGCGCCUCUGGCUGAGCCCCGUGAGGCUGCUUAUAUCGGUGGAGGACCCGCAGCAGGUCCGCAACGUGCUCAUGCACGCGCGCGAACGGUCGCCGUUGUACUGCCGCGUGAUUGAAGCGUGCAUUGGGAAGGAAUCGGCCUGCUUUUCCACCUUCAUUCAGCCCCGUGCACGGCGGUCGUUCCUGGACUACCACUGCCACACGACGCUCAAGUUCCAGGUGCACGAGGUGGCGUGCCGCGUGGCGGACGUCACCGCGCGCGAGUGGGGGACGCUCUCCGCGUCUGGCGGCGAGCUGGACGUGACGCAGGCGUGCAAAGACAUGGUGGUCGGCGUUUUAGGAGGCUCCUUAUUCGGCCCCGCGUUCCCCGACUCGGACCUCAAGAACCGUGUUGCCAGCGACUUGGAGUUUUUCGCGCACUCGGUGCAGGAUUUCUCAAGCUUUGGUUAUCUUCCGGUGUGGCUGCCCGCGUACCAGAAGCUCAUGAGUGUAGCGGAGGACUAUAGGGGGGUGAUCCACCAGCUUGUAUCGGGUACGUUUGCCAAGGACGUGAAGCAGCAGAGUAAAGGGCAUGGUGAGGAGGGGUCUGAGGAAGGAGGGGCAGGAGAAGCUGGUAGUGGCAGCGGUGGUGGGGAGGCCAAGGGCUUAGAGGGCCAGACCAAACAGGAGCAGCAGCAGCAGCAGCAGCAGCAGCAGCAGCAGCCGCAGCUUCUAAGGGAGAGCUUCCUCUCUGCAAUGCUAGCAGAACGCUCCGCUUUAGGCCAACCCGUUUACACGCAGGAAGUAGCCCAAGCAGAAGCAGCUGCACUAAUGUUCCAUGGGUACCUGCUCGUGCCGGCGCUUCUAAAACGCGUUCUCGUGUGCCUCUCGUUACACCCAGAGGUGCAGGAUCGCGUGUUCCGCGAGAUUAGAGCUGUGUGCGGUAACGAAGCGCCUAAAGACGAGGAUUUACUGCGGUUGGACUAUUUGAAUGCUGUGAUUUACGAGGCAGCGCGGUGCAUGCCGGUUGUGCCGAUGAUCACGCGCGCCGCAGUGAAUGAAGAUUUAUGGCUGUCGGCGCCCAGCAGCAGGGAAGAUCAACGGCUGUCCGCCCCCAGUGGCAGCGGCAGUGGUGGUGUUGGUGUUGGUAGAGGUUGGGAAACGGGUGGUGGUAAUGGUACUGAGGGAGGUAAUAACGGGGAUGGGGUGGGUGGUGGUGGUGGCGGUGGGAGCGACAGCGGCAGCAGCAGCAGCGCUUUCCACUUGGUGCCGUCAGGGGCGAUCAUAGCCUUGCCCGUGUACCAGCUACAGCUGAACCCAGCCCUGUGGGGAAGCGACGCAGCAGAAUUCAACCCUGAUAGGUUCAUCCAUUUCCGAUGGCACGGCCCUCAGCAGCAGCAGCAGCAACAACACCACCACCAGCCGCACCAGCACCACCAAUUCGAUCCCCGCUCUCACUCCUUCGCCAAACGGGUCACCCGCGUGGGCGUGGGGCUAGGCGCUAUGGGCCACCGGGAGGGGCCGCAAAGGUUCCCAGGCGAGGGGACCGGGCAGGAACGAAAGGAGGGAGGGGGAAAACCGGGGGAAGCAGCGGGUGGGAGGGGUGGGAGUCCGUGGAGGGAGGGGAAGAUGGUGCCGGGGCAUGACUAUGAGUUUGUGGCGCCCGAGCCAGGGCCGCAGUUUCUUAUGUUUGGUGCGGGCGCUCGGUUGUGCGUGGGGCAGCGGCUGUCGCUGAAGAUCAUCCGCGCUGCAGUCGCCAUCCUGCUGCACCGAUUCGAGUUCUCCAUGUCGCCAGACAUGCCCAAGGAGUUUGACACGCAUCUCGAGUUCAUGGUGCUGCACCUGCACCCCACGCCGCGCCUCAAGCUUGCUGUUCGCUCCUAG